AUGUCACUAGCUAGAACGACUUUAGCUCCUUUGACGAAACGAGCGAUCUUCUCAAUUCUGAGUCGUUCAUUUAGCGGGGCUCAAGAAGCUGACAUAGUCGUCAUUGGUGCAGGUCCAGGUGGCUAUGUGGCUGCAAUUAAAGCUGCUCAGCUUGGAAUGAAGACCAUUUGUGUGGAAAAAGAUCCCACUCUCGGAGGAACCUGCCUCAAUGUUGGGUGCAUUCCGUCAAAGUCACUUCUUAACAAUUCUCAUUACUAUCAUAUGGCUCAACAUGACUUCGCCAAUCGAGGAAUAAAUGUCUCUCCUCAACUGAAUCUCACCAAGAUGAUGGAAGCAAAAUCAAGCAGUGUCAAAGCUCUCACUGGAGGUAUUGUCGCACUUUUCAAAGCUAACAAAGUUGGACAUAUUGAAGGAGUUGGAACAAUCACAGGACCAAAUCAGGUUCAAGUGAAAAAGAAUGAUGGCUCAGUAGAAACUGUGAACACUCGUAAUAUUCUUAUCGCUACUGGAUCAGAAGUGACACCAUUCCCCGGAAUACCGAUCGAUGAAGAAAAGGUAAAUUUUUGA